CCGGGAGGUUACCGCUGUCAGCGAGGACGGAAGCCGGGAGGUUACCGCUGUCAGCGAGGACGGAAGCCGGGGGGUUUGCGUGCCUUUGAUUCUAGGUCACCAUGCGCUUGUUUCCCGGUCUCCUUAUCUCUCACGGUAGAGUGGCCCGGCGGAUCGGUCUUGGCCCUCGCUCCAGACUCGAUCUCCUCCGGAAUCUGCUCACAGCUUUGGUCCGGCACGAGCGGAUUGAAACCACGUGGGCUCGGGCUGAUGAGCUGCAGGUGUAUGCGGAGAAGUUGAUUGAUUACGGCAGGUUAGGGGACUCCAGUGAGAAGGCCAUGAGGAUGGCAGACUUCUGGCUGACGGAGAAGGAUCUCAUUCACAAGCUCUUCCAGACGCUGGUUCCUCGCUUUAGCUCGUGGCACGGGAAUUACACCAGCAUGCACCGGAUUCCCAACAGAGACCGACUGGACCGCGCCAAGAUGGCAGUCAUCGAAUACAAAGGAAACCCUUUUCCUCCUUUAAACGUGCGGAAGAGAGACGGCGACAAAACCCUUCUGAACCAACUUCUUUUGGGUUACCGUCUAGAAAAGAACCUCCUCUCAUCAGCCUCCUGAAAAAGCUUUUGUGAAGAAACGAUGGAUCUGGGCACGGAAUAUCUCCCAAACGCGGAUCACUCUCCAGUGACGGCAUCUGCAGAGCGAUGUAUAUAAUGUAACUGAUUAAUGAGUGAGAAUCUUACAGAAUUCCAUUAAAAGAAUGCUGAGAAUUAA